AUGGCUCAAGCGAACACGAGGGCCGCUCUCCUUAAAAUCAUGUGCAUCAAAAACGACACCACUGACCUACGAACCAUUUUACAACCUUACAUCUCCCAGAUUUCCUCUCUCAACAUCACGUUGGACGAGGCUGUCGCACCUGAAAUUUUGCUCAACGACCUCCCGGCAUUUCAGGAGCUUCGAGUUCACAUAUUUCACAAUAUUAUCGUGAAAAAGCGUGAUAUACUAUCACGUAUUUUACCACCCAUUUCGCGACUCUUCACUCUGCACAGUCUCGAGUUGGAACUAAUGACCUGCCACGACAUCAAGUGUUUAUCUGGCCUUGACAUAGCAUGGCCCCUGACAAAUGUCAACAUCGGUUUAUGCCACCCGUCCACUAUCAUUGGCUUGCUGCAACUAUUUCCAAACCUGUCCUCGUUAGAAACCUAUAUACUCAGUGGCGAUGGAUUGUCCUUCGAGCCAUUCACCCACUCUAUCAUUCAAAAAAUUUCCAUUGAAACCGUUUUCACGACUCCCACAGACUCAGAACGAGACUCAGUGGUUCACUUGUUGAUGCACUCACGCUCCCCAAUUUGCGCGUGCUUCAUGUUGAUGGUAGAUCGUGGCCUUGUGUUGAAGAUUUGA